AUGCGUACCUCCAAGGACCCAAUAUCAGACCGCUUAGCCCCCAAAGUGAAAAACCACUUCGAACCCGAUUUCGAACUCAAACUCGAGCAAAUAUCGCAGAUCAUGGACUACAGCCAAUACAACCAAUCUGGACAACUACAACCCCACGUAAAUUCACAACAACAACAACGACAACAACACAAUCGCUUCUCAUGGCAGGCUCCACUGCAGGAAGAGGCGUCUACACAUGAUGAACAUGAGCAGCAAGUGUCCCAACAAAGUAUCCAACGACCACAGCCCACGACCGAUAGCACACAAGCAUCAUCGCGACACUUUUCCUAUGCGCAGACUCCGGCCGAGCAUCGUGCCUUUGUGUACACAUCCACACCAAACCAGCCGCCUCUUCCGCAACACCGAAUAUCGGUAGCAGCCUCGUUAUUCACACCAAUUGAUCCGCGAACACAGUCCAUUGUCGACCCCAACUCGUCAGCCCCGCCUGUGCCUCAGAUGGCUUACGUACCACCGUCUUACUUGCAGGAUGAGAAGCCACCAGUCUCGUUGUCCGCACGUCAUGACCCCAAUAUACAACAAUAUCAUCAUCAGCAGGCAAGUCCGCAAAUGGUGAUGUCGCAACCUACACCGAAUGUCCAAAUCAACACCCAGCAAAGCAGACACACACGACAAAUGAGCAACCUCUCCCCCAUCAACACCAAUCUCACCACGCGCCCACUGCCUCGUUCCGCCCAACAACCCACCUCACCCUCUACCACGCAGCCGCACUCCCCCCUCCCCCACAAACACCCCAUGACGCCCAUAUCCGCAGACUCCCCAAGACGAACCAACCACCCAACCACCCCCUACUCCCCCCACGGCUUCCAAACCCCAACCCCCCACGCCAUCUUCUCCCCCAACGCCCCCCACGGCCCCAACGGCCUCGACCCAGCCCUCCACCAACCCGGCCAAAUCACCCACCCAAACAUGACCACCGCCUCCCCCCAACCCUGGUCCUCGCACCUCUGCGCGUGCAGCCCAAACCCCUCCACCUGCCUCACCGGCCUCUUCUGCCCCUGCCUCCUCCACAGCCGCACCACCCACCGUCUCGCCCGCAAAGCCGCCGCCCAGGACCCAACCGACCUGCUCGACCACCGCGCCAUCAACCCACACUGUCUCCUCAUGACCCUCGCCUGUGGCCUCUGGUGCGUCUUUCCCACUCUCCAACGCACCCGGAUCCGCCAUGCGUAUAAGCUGCGGGGUAGUCUGGCGGGCGAUGUGGCGCGUGGAUGUUGUUGUUGCUGCUGUGUUGCGGUGCAGAAUGAGAGGGAGGUUAGGGGGCGGGAGGAGGCGAGGGGGAGGUUGGCGGGGCCGGCGAGUGCGGAGGUGUAUGUUAGGGAUCCGGGGAUGGUGUAUCGAGCGCAGCAGUAG